UGUUUUUCUCUGCUGCAGCUUCCUGCUUUCUGCCCGUCCGUCACACUCUGGAAAAUAGAUUUAAUGACAGAGUGUUUGAUAAUCUUCUCUGGAGCUUUCCUUCAGCACGCUGAGCUGCAGGAAGCUGAUGUGAGAUGGCAGAAACCAACCUGAUGUCUGCAGCUUCUGCUCUCACGACGAAGCAGCUGCAGCAGAAAUUGUCAUCAGAGAAGAAGAGCGAGCAUCCGGUCCUCCUGCUGUUUGAGAUCCCGUCCACUCGAGUUGUUGAGAACCAGCUGUCCAAAUACGUGGUGUAUGAGGUGGUGGUGAUGUUGUCGGGCAGUUUUGAUUCCCGCCGUGUGUCCGUGGAGCGCCGUUACUCCGACUUCCUGCGGCUGCAGCGCCUCCUCCUGCAGGAGUUCGACUCGGCGCUGGAAGACGUGUCGCCCCCCCCCAAACUCCUGAGCGGGAACUUCUGCGCCGCCGUGCUGUUGCAGCGCCGCCUCGCCCUGCAGGACUACCUGGCCAAACUCUUCUCGACGCGCUGCGUCCGCCGCUCGCCUCUGUUCGCUGCCUUCUUCACGGACGCCGAGCAGCGGGGGGCGCUGGUGCUGCUGCGGGGGGGGCAGUUCAGCCCGGCGCUGAGGCAGCUAGAAGACGUGUUAGCGCUGCAGGAGAAGUUGCAGUGUUGGCAGAGUCCCGCCCUCCGCCUGCCAACGCUCUGCGCCCUGGCUGUCUGUCACUGCGACCUGCAGCAGCAUCAGGAGGCGUUGGAUGCGGCUCAGAGGGCGCUGCCUGUUGCCCGGCGCUGCGGCCUGCGGAGCCACCGGGCGGCGCUGCUGCGCCUCCUGAUGGACCUGAGCUACCGGCUGGGGCUGCCCGGGGCCCGCCUGCAGGACGAGCUACAGGGCCUGCAGGACCAACCCCCCACCCUUAAAUACGACCCCCCUACCCUGAAGGAGCUGGUCAUCCAACAGUUCACCUGAGGGGCUAAACAUGUGAGACGAGAUACAGAGCAAAGGAGUCCUCAACAAGACUCAGCGUUAUGAGUCCUAAACCCUGACAUGAGUCAGCAUUAUGAGUCCUGAACCCUGACCUGAGUCAGCAUUGUGAGUCCUGAGCCCUGACCUGAGUCAGCAUUAUGAGUCCUGAAC